AUGGCCGACACAUCAGGAGACGGCGCCGUCGCACCGGUCGAACAUUUGAACAUCAAAGUCACGGACAACCACAAUGAAGUUUUCUUCAAAAUCAAACGAACAACACAGCUGAAAAAGCUCAUGGAUGCUUUCUGUGAACGUCAGGGAAAGCAGGCCUCAACUGUGCGUUUCCUUUUCGACGGAACACGAGUUCGUCCUGAGGAUUCUCCAGACACUCUCGAUAUGCAAGAUGGCGAUACUUUAGAGGUUCACCAAGAGCAGAUUGGAGGCUAA